AGGGUCCAGAAGUCUCCGAAAAAGUGUUUUUGCGUUUAAACUUAAGAAACUUGCUGUACUGAUCACGAAGAUGUGACCGGUACAAUUGUCUGGUCAAAAAUUACGGAGAUUUAUUUAUGACAAAAAAAUAUAUGAAAUCACAAUUUUAGGGUUUGUGCCUAUCGUAAAAAAAUUUGCCUUUGCUUGCGAACUUCGUUUACAUACCAAACGAUGUGUUAUCUCUUAAGGAUUAUUUGCACAAAAAAUCUCGGUAGCGUACAACUACAAACGGCUACGCAAGUGGAAAACGUGAUUUUUUUAGAGUAUGUCAAUUUUUGUGUUUUUGAUCUGUGGAAGCGAAGGGCUGUCGAAAGAACUUGAAAUCAACAGUGCACAUUCACCAGAAGUUUCUCUUUCAAAUGCUUUUUCAAUCACCCGUCUAUCAUUUCUACCACCCAAACUACUCUUAAAAUGGAAAACAGGAAAAAUUGUAUACUUUAAAACGACGGCAAAUUGCCGGAAGUCUACCGCGAUAUGUAGAGGUCACAGAGGCAAACUUUUGGGUAUUCUACUAUUAAAUGACAUAUGCUCUAUCCGAUUUUCUUAUUUAAAAAAACUCCUGAAAACUUAGGUGUGCUCGAUAUUUCUAAAAUGCAUGGUCUUCUCAUGAAGUCUCUCUUAGGACAGGCUAUCUCGCACCACCGAGAAUGGCGGUCAAAUGGUCAAAAAUUACUCCCACUUUUUAUUACAUAUUCGGAGUCUGUGAUAAAAACUGUAUUCGUGAAAAAAUACCGAAAUCCUAAGAAACCUCAAAAGCCGUCAGAAGCUGUGCGCUGGUUCUGCGUUUUAGCGUUCAAAAUGCGCAUGAGAAUCGUCAGCCAAAUUUAAAAUUUUGCUGAAUUUUAAGUUUGGCUACAACAUAUAUAUGUGUGCAAAGACAAUUUAAAUAAAGAAAAAAAACUACUGCACUAUUUCUAUAUUUGAUAAUCAAGAAAAAUUAUUUUAUGAUGAAAUUGAUAAAUAUUUUAAUAAUUUAAAUGAAAAAUUUCGACAAAAGGCUGUUAUUAAAAAAGACAUAUUCGAUAGUAUUCUUAAAGUUUUACGUGCAGAGAAAGGUAAGAGUGUGGAAGGUGUGAAUGGUUCAUUUGUGUUUUGGAGUCGAAAGAAUUUCAUAUUGCGAGAGAUAUCAGGUGUUGAAAUACUAUGUUGUGUGAAAUCCAAACAACCGAUUUGUAAGUAUGAAUCUUUUUAUAAUAUUGUCAAGGAAAGUCAUGAGACAAUUUCCCACGGAGGUCGGGACAAAACGUUAGCAGAAAUUUUAGCUCAUUAUUCGUGGAUACCCAAAAUUGCUGUAGAGAUUUAUAUGAAGUAUUGUUUACCGAAAACCCGUAAAAACACCCGUUGUAAGUAAGCCGAUACUAUCUCUUGGUGUCCUUACUCGUCUUCAGAUCGAUUUGAUCGAUAUGCGUACUCGUCCAGAUUGUAUUUCCAGUGACGUUGUGUAUCAAUGGAUAUUGCAUUGCAAAGAUCAGUACUCAAAAUAUUCAUGGGCUUAUCCGUUGGUGGAUAAAUCGGCUGGUGGUGUUGCAAAAAAACUACGUGAAUUAUUUUUUACAUUUGGUCCACCAAAACUAUUACAUUCGGAUAAUGGUGCCGAAUUCGUCGCCGAUGUCAUCACUGCAUUAAAACUGUUAUUUCCUGAUAUGUGUUUUAUUAGAGGUCGACCAAGACAUCCACAAAGCCAAGAUUUGAUAGAAAGAGGUAAUGGUGUGCUUUGUGAUUCUUUAGGUAAAUGGAUGUCAUCAACGAAUUCAUCACCAUAUGAGGUAAUGUUUGGGCAGAAGCCGCGUUCAGAUUCAGAUUUUUGGCGAAUUAUUAAAGACCAAAAUAUUGAAGAUGAAGACAUGUUACCAGUGUCGGUCGAAGCACAACAAGAAUCAGGUGAAUCAACCAAUGACUAUGCACUUAUUGAUGAAGCAUUAGCCGCAGCAAAUUCUGUUUUAGGUAAUGAAGGGGAUGAUGAAUUCCAAAACGACGACUUCUUUUCACUAAAUAAUCAAUCUGCUCCUUCAACAUCAAUUCGUAGGUUGAAUAAUCCAGGAGAUUGCGUAGGUAUUCAAAUUAGUGACGUUGAUCGAACAAAUAUUGAUGUUAAACUGCUACCAUGUUUAAUUCUUUCAAAGGAUAAAAAAGACGAUGAUUUCAUUUUUAGAAUAGCAUGUAAAUUUGGUAAAGUUGCGAUCGCGUAUACGGUUGAAAGCUUGAUCGAUUUGCGAUCCGCAUGUCCAACAGAUUUAAAACUAAAUGAAGUAAGUUCUCUUGGUGAAAUAACAGUAAUCGAAGCUGCAAAAUUAUUGGUCCGCGGUGCUGUAUCCGGUGUAAUAUGCGAUUGUAAGACUAAAUGUGGCACGAAACAUUGUCCCUGUAAAAAAGUAGGAGUGGCAUGCUCAACAAAAUGUCACGUUAAACAGCGUGGAUGUUUGAAUUCAACUUAA